AUGUUUGUUUAUCUAGUAUUUCUAGUAUUUGAAGUAUUUAUUGAUUUUUCAUAUACUGGGAGUUCCCAGACAAAAACACUUGAGCCUGGAUACUAUAGAUUAGAAGUUUGGGGUGCACAGGGUGCUGGAUCUCCAUACUAUGAUCCUAGUAGAGGAGGAAAAGGAGGUUAUGCGGUUGGCUAUUUAACAUUAACUGAGGCCACAACAGUCUAUAUCCAAGUUGGGGGUGCUGGAAAAAGAAAUGAAACUGGAUUGGCAGAAGGUGGAUACAAUGGAGGUGGGUGUGCUUGGGGAACUAGUUCAAACUAUCCUGGAAAUGGUGGAGGAGGUGGAACAGACAUCAGAAUCAACGAAGAUAACAUAUAUGCACGUGUAAUUGUUGCAGGAGGCGGUGGAGGUGCUGGAGAAAAAGACGAAACAGGACUAUAUGGAGGCGGUCUAAAAGGAGGUGAAUAUUUUUAUUCUUACGGUGGUGCUCAAACUUCAUCAUCAGGCGGAGGUGCUUUCUUUCAAGCAGCGCACACAGGUAGAUGUGGAGGUGGUGCAGGGGGAGGUUGGUACGGUGGAGGUGCAGGGGGAGGCUCUCAAUCAAAGCCAACAUCUGGUUCUACUACUUAUGCUCAUGGUGCUGGAGGUAGCAGUUAUUUUUACACAGAAUCAUCAGCAAAAAACUAUCCAAAUGGAUGUAUGCUAACACCGAAAUACUACUUGACAAAUACAUCUACAACUGAAGGAUGUUACUCCAUAACAGAACCAGAUGGAUCCAGAACAAUCGGGCAUUCAGGAAAUGGAUAUGCCCGAAUUACUAUAAUUUUUGUAGAUUUGAUUUAUAAUCAGCACGAAAAUGAAGUAAGUAUUGAAGGUUAUGGUCGUAAUUGUCUCAAAAAUCUUAAUAUUAAUUCAACUUUCGAAAGCCACACUGUUGUUUCCAUUGAAAAUAAUGCAUUUAGUGGUCAAAGUUGUAUAGAAGAAAUAACAAUACCAGAAACUAUCAGAGAAAUUGGUUCUAAUGCAUUCGAGCGUUGUAAUAUGAAAAUAAUGAAUAUUUCUCACUGUUUAGAUUUAACAUCUUUACCUACCAAUACAUUCAAAGAUUGUUCUUCACUUGAAUUUAUCUAUUUGCCGCCAUCUCUUACCUCAAUUGGUAGUCAAUGUUUUUUAAAUUGUACCUCAUUGAAAUAUAUAGAUCUCCCCUACAAAGUAACUUCCAUUGGUGAUUUCUGUUUUUAUGGUUGUAAUUCCCUUAAGCAUGUCAACAUUCCUGAUACAGUGUCACUAAUAUUACAGUAUACAUUUGCACAUACUCCAUUAGAAGCAGUCAGAUUCAGAGCAAAGACUACUAUAUACGGAAAUGCCUUCUGUAACUGUUCCAACCUUACAAGUGUUGCAUUAUUUGAUUAUUCAGUUGUUAUGCCUGAUGCAUUUGCCCUCUGUCCAAAUAUAACUAAGAUUUUCUUGUCCGAAUAUGUCACUCUCCACCAUAGUUCCUUUAACUCCAUUACUCCUUCUGUUUUUUAUCUUGGAUUAAUCAAUAUUUGUCCAGACCAAAGUCGAAUUGAGUUGAGUAAGUUUAAUUUAAAUAUAGUUAAUGUUCAAAAUAAUUAUGAAUAUGAUGAUUAUGCCGGUAUUAAUGUAUAUCGUAUGGAAGUCAGUGAUUUGCGAUGUGGUCGAUUUCCAUCACUUGCAUAUAGUUUAAUUGAAUCUCUUAAGAAAUUCACAUCUCUUAGUGCAUUCCAAGUAAUUGUUUAA